CUAAAUUAUUAUAUAAUAUGCAAACCUGUAAUUAAUUUUUAAAAGGUUAUAGAAAAAUAACUGAUUAUACAACAUGCUGUAUAGUCUAUUAUCUAUACUUGCUGUAGAAGUAUUAAAAUUAUAAACACGAAAAGAUAAACAUAAUUUCAAAAGUUUAUUAAUGAAAUGUCUUUAAAUUACAGUAGAUACUUUUUAUAAUUUACGAAACGUCACAUUUACUAUGGACAUUUUAUCUAAAUUUUGUCUCAAUAAUCAGGUAAUUCUUAAUUUAUUUAUUUUAACAUUAUAAAAGACCCAUUUUAGUUUUAUAUAUAAAUAAAACUUUACAGCUACAUGCAAAUCACAUAAUUUUUGAAAAUUUGUAAGAUAAUUAUUGUGAUUAAAUUAAACAAUAAUUACCCACACCCGUAAUAAAUUAAUACAUAAUGCAUUAAUAUAGAUGAUAAUGAAUAUAAUAUUUAAUUUUCUAUAAGAUAAUUGUUUUAUUUAACUUUCAUUUUUAAAUAAGUCUCUACCAUUAUAUAAUUUGUUCAUUAGUUUAGAUAUUUUAUUCUUUACAGUAUGGUAAAUUUGGUUUUUAAUAUCUCUUUAGAUUGUUGCCAUGCGUCACAUAGUGCGUAAAUCAAAAGUGCAUAUAAUAAACAAAUUAUCUCGAGAAGCAAAAAAGUUAAAAGAAAAAAAAGGCAAUGAAAAACAAAUUGAAAAAAACAAAAAAAAAGGUGAACGUUUUGUCAAUGAAUUAAUGGUUAUAAAGGUAUACCUACAACUUUAUUAUUUAGUAAAUAAUAUUUAAAUUAGGGGUGGGCUAAUACUUAAUAUUGGCUUACUUGAAAAACCAAUAGUUUUGGAGAAAAAUUUCUGUUUUGUCUGUAUUAUGAAAAAAGUAUUAAUGAAUUGGGUUUUUAGCCAAUAUAAGAGUUGAUUUCAACAUGGUUUUAAAUUUAAAAUAUUGGAUAUUAUGUGGUUUCGGCCCAUUCCUAAUUUAUAUGAUAUUUUUUAAAAGAUUAUUUAUUGUUUUAUGUAGAAAUUGAAGGAUGAUAUCGUAACAAAGUAUGCUUUACAAAAUGAAAUUCCGCUUGCCACAAUAUUAAAUAAUAUAGAUAUAACCUUGGAGGCCAGGGCACUAGCAAGGUUAGCUGGUCAUAAGUUUAUAACAGAUGCAGUUCAAAAUUUUAGAAAUAAAUAUCCUGAUUGGAAAUUCAAUUUAACAGAGCUUUUGAAUGAAUUGGGGUCUAAUUAUAAAACAAAACACAAAAAACAAAGAGGAAAUAAAUUAUCUAAGAUUAAACCAAAAGAAAAAUCUAAAAUUCUUGAAAAGAAUAAUAAAACAAUUAUGGAUGUUGAAGAUAUUCAGUCUGAAUCCAAAAAAUCUAUAGAAAGUGAAAAUCAAGAUGAAGAUUAUGAAAUGGAUUUUAACAAAUCACCUAAUAUUACAUCUGAAGAACCUCAAGCUGAAGUUUCAUUAGUCAACAAAAUGUUAUCUGUAGACAAUAAGGAAAGUCAAAACAAUGAAUUAAAAUCUGCAAUUUUCAACAAAGAAUUUAUUGACUCAGAAAGAAAAAUAGAUUUAAGUAAAUGUGAUACAAUUAAACAACUUCAAGAAGUUAAUGUUUCAAAUACACAAUUACCAAAUUCAAAUUUGUCAAUAAAUACACCUAACUAUACUAUUACUGACAAUAUAGAUAUUAAUAAAAAGCCAUUUAAAAGAAAAGCUGGUCAAAUUAUAUCAAAAAGAAUUGACUUAAAGAAAAAACACAUUAUGACAGAUGAUGUUACACCAAUUUGUGAAACUGUAGAUUCAUUUUUUAUGACCACUGAUGAUAAAGAUUAUCUGUCUGUCUACAAACCUCCACCAAUAGUAGAAAAAAACCUUGUUGAGCGCCCAAAUUUGGAGUGUCAAAAACCAAAAGAAAUUUUCAUUAAAGGAAAAAAAUUGAUUAUUGGCAAAAAAAAUAACAUAGGUAAUCGAAAGGAAAGAAGGCAACAAGUUGAAGAAACUGUUGAUACUGUGUUGCAUCCAUCUUGGGAAGCAAAGCGUAAACAAAAAUCUUUAGUGAAAUUUGAAGGAAAGAAAAUAACAUUUGAUGAUCAGGAAUAAUAUUUAUUAAAAAUAAUGUUUAAUUCUAUGUAAAUAAAAAAAUAUGAUUAUACAUUAUUUAUGUUAAUUCUUCAAAUAUUUCUUGGUUUUAGGACUAGAAAGUGUGACCAAAUUUACUCUUUUCUUUGUAGGAGGUUCAGAAAAAUCAAGUUUUUGCUUUUCUUCUUCUUUUGGUUUUAUUUUAAUCUCAAAAUCGUUAUUUGGAACUUCAUCAAUAUCUUCUAGAACAGAUUCUUCAGUCACCAUCAUUUUGAUUUCUGAAUAAUACGGAACGCCUAAUUCUUCUUUGCUAAAACUUAUAAUUGAACAAAAUCCAUCUGACGAAGAUACUAUAAGUAAUAGUCCAUCCAAAGACCUAAACAUUUUACAUAGCUUCCUGUUUAAUGAUGGUUAAAAAUAAAAUAUUUAUGUAUCUAAAAAUAAUAAAACUACUUACCACGAUAGGUCUGUUAAGCGUGUAUAGUGUAUAUCACCAAUGUAGGCAAAUGGUGUAGCAUGUUGAGUGUCCAUCAACAGAAUACUUGAAUUAGUGGCAAUGGCAUAAACCAUUCUAUAAGGUAAAUCAAAUAUUGAUUUUGUGUUUUCUUUAAGUUCAUACAAAAUCGGUGAAAAUUGAAUAGCUACUGAAUAUUGGUCAAGAGAUGGUACAUAUAGCACAGGUUUAGUAAAUGAUUUUCUAGCGAAUACAUAACUAACAUUUGUAGUACUUUUAUUUUUGGUUUGUUCAUCAAAUGUCUCUAAGAUACCAGAUGAAGUUACAAGAAUUUGACCAUCAGGUGAAAAUGACAAACGUCGAAAGAAAGACUUGAGAGUAUCGUCAUGGAAUAAUCUACUUUUUAUUUCUUCUCCAUCUCUUUUUUUUCCCAAAGGAACUGAUUUAUCACAUUUAUUCAAUAAUUUACAAUUAUUUGCAUUAAAUAUUCUUAAAGUCCUGAAAAAUGUUA